CUUGGCAAAGUUAUUAGGGACGGAGGGAGUAUUAGUUAUCCUACUUUGAGGCGCUAAGCUAAUUCGGGUUUGUUUAGGGUCCGCAUAUUCGAUCAUCUUCCAUCUUCAUACAAUCGCUAUGAAUUGCAUCGAUUUCCGACUGAAAGAUUUGGACGUGGAACACUUUGAGAUACGAGAGGUUCUGCAAUGUAUUUUGCACACAAUUUUUUUCCACAGAGCAUUAGGUCUUGUUCGACCAAAGGACAUUGAUUUGGAACUCUUUGACAUUACAUAUGUCCAAUGUGAUGAUGCUGAGGUUGAGAAAAAAAUAGAUGAAAAGAUUAAUCACUUCAUUGAAAGGGUGGAAAAGUACCCCAACAAGAAAAAUGAGAUUUGUUUAUCAUUCUAUGAAGUGAAGAACAAGCAAGCGACUUGGUUUACAAACAAAGUUGAACGCCUAUACUGGGAACAGUGGUACAUCAACCUGAAUGUAGCUCAGCACCCCCCAAAAGCACAUUCUAACAAAUCUCAUCCGUCCAAAGCGGUAGUUGAUCCUGGAGAAAGCGCAUGUGAGGAGAGGAAUGCUCGGAGGGCGGCACUGGAGUUGUCUCUCCGCGAAGUUAUGUUUCAGAUUAUCAAAUUUGUAAAUGAAAAAAAGGACCAUGUACCCUCGGUACCAAAUCUUGAGGGUGUCUCAUUUCCCUAUGAGAUCACUAUCUCAAGGUAAUUUUUUUUUUAUUUAUGCUUUGUUUGUCUAUUCAAAGGAAAGCCUUGGUGCACCGGCUAAAGUGUUGUGUGAGUGAGAGGUCAUGGGUUCAACUUUUGGGAGCGGCCAUUUGUCAAAAUUUGAUAAGGGGAAAGGUUUGCCCCUUGUACACCCUUGCAGUGGGACCCUACCCCGGACCCUUACCUUGCAGGGAUGCCUUCAUGCACCGGGCUGCCUUUUUUAUGGUUUGUUUGUCUGUUCAUGUGAAAGUUUGUGUAUAAUUAUUUACUUCUUUUUCCUCCUUUGUGUCUGGAAGUUGUUAUUGUUAACCAUUAUGUAAAUUCUUUGCUCUUUCAUUGUAAAUUUAUAUAUGUUAGUUCUCUGAUAAACCAAUCUAAU